UUCGUGACCAAAAUGGAGGAAUCGAAGCUCGUGCGGCUACAUGACAUGCUCCAGAGGCUGCGGCCCAAGGGCAAGGGUGGUCUCGGCUCCGGCGGUGGUCUAAUGUCGAAGAACCAAGGACCGCGGGACGACGGCUUGCCCAAUAACGGUUUGUACUCGAUGUUUGUGCGAGAAGGCCACGGUGGCUACGUCCACAAACACUUUGACGAAACUGGGGAAGACGUCGACGAAGAGGACACAGCCCAGGUGACCAAGAAGGACAAGAAGGCCAAGAAGGAAAAGAAGCGAAAACUCAAAGAUGAAUCCUGCGAUAUCGACUCUGCCAAAGUGAAGAGCGCCAAGAAUUCGAAGAAGAAGUCGCGUGAAGAGCCCGCUACCGAAGAAGCAGAAGACGCCGUGGAAGCCGAGGAAGAAUCGACAAAGAAAUCCAAGAAAAAGGCCAAGAAGGCAACCAAGGAGGCAGUUGAGGUCGUUGCAGAGGCACUUGAUGACGAAGAAACACCGCCGAAGAAAAAAUCCAAUAAAUCCAAAGUUCCAGUGCCUGCGGACGACGACGUUGACGUGGGUAUCUCGAAGAAGGCGAAGAAGAACAAGAAGGCCAAGGGCGAAGCGGAAGAAUUAGAGCAUGUCGUCGUGGACGAACCGGUCAAGAAGACCAAGAAGGCCAAGAAAACCACGGCCAACGACGACGAUGAAGUGUUAGCAAAAAAGGUCAAAAAGAGCAAAAAGAACAAAGCUUAAUCUACUCCCCCGUUCCCUCCAAA